UUGAAUUUCUUGCAACGCAGGAAAUGUCAGCUGGCGGCUGCCGUAAUAUUUCUGAAUAAAAUCUGUGAUAAAAGAUUCAUUCGUAGUUUUCAGUGAUAGUUCUUAAAAACUGGAAUCUGGCAAAUAUUGUGGUCCAAUUUAAUGUUGAAGUGAAAAUAUGAUAUUAUUGUAUAGGAGGUGGCAUGCGAUUUCACUUGCAUUUUUAUGGUUUGUGACAAGAUAAAAUGGUUAUUAGUCUGACAAAAUCCUCCUAAUUAUUAUUAGUUUUCUUACGUUAUAAUUCAUGAGCUCGAAAGUGUUUUAAAAUAUCAGUAAAGUUGAUUUUGAUACGUAAGUUAUUUCACACCUGUCAUUUUGAAGACCGAUAUUUUAUCCUGUCUUUGUAAUCUCUAAGGAAUAUUUGUCCUAAUAAUAUAAGUGACGUCGUCGAAGAAUUCAAGAUGAACGGCUCCGAAUCUGGGUUUAACCCAGCUUUCAACAUUGCUACCAUUAAACAAGUGGUAAAUGAGGCUAUAGAAAGAGUCGCGCCGGUUUCAGUGCGGAUGCAGACACCGACACGGUUACGAGAUCUGAUCAGACAGAUACGUGCAGCUAGAACAGCUGCUGAAGAAAGGAGUGUCGUUAACAAGGAAUGCGCGUACAUUAGAUCAACUUUCAGGGAAGAGGAUAGUGUUUGGAGAUGUCGAAACAUCGCGAAACUCCUGUACAUUCAUAUGCUGGGCUAUCCGGCACACUUCGGCCAACUGGAAUGUCUGAAGCUGAUAGCCAGCCCCCGCUUCACGGACAAGCGAGUGGGCUACUUGGGCGCUAUGUUGCUGCUGGAUGAACGGCAAGAUGUACAUUUGCUGAUCACCAAUUGUCUGAAAAAUGACCUUAACAGCAACACACAGUUCGUAGUCGGCUUAGCGCUAUGCACGUUAGGGGCCAUCGCUUCACCAGAGAUGGCGAGGGACCUCGCCUCAGAAGUAGAAAGAUUGAUCAAAUCACCAAACGCCUACAUAAAGAAAAAGGCAGCGUUAUGCGCGUUCAGGAUCAUAAGACGUGUUCCAGAUCUGAUGGAAAUGUUCCUGCCGGCAACCAGGAGUCUAUUGACGGAGAAAAAUCAUGGUGUCCUUAUCACUGGCGUGACUCUCAUCACUGAGAUGUGUGAGAACAGUCCGGAUACACUUAACCAUUUCAAAAAGAACAGGAAGGCAGUCGGGCAAAUGGGGGGCCACAUGAUGAUUGUGCCGAACUUGGUGAGAAUAUUGAAGAAUUUAAUUUUGGCCGGAUAUUCGCCGGAGCAUGACGUCAGUGGCGUAUCAGAUCCGUUCCUUCAGGUGAAAAUUCUACGUCUCCUUCGAAUACUCGGCAAGAACGACGCCGAAGCGUCUGAGGCCAUGAACGACAUCCUCGCCCAGGUCGCGACCAACACCGAGACCAGCAAGAACGUCGGCAACACCAUAUUAUACGAAACUGUGCUUUCUAUCAUGGACAUUAAGUCGGAGAGUAGCUUGCGUGUCCUCGCUAUCAACAUACUCGGGAGAUUCCUUCUGAACAACGAUAAGAAUAUUCGAUACGUUGCCUUGAACACGCUCCUGAGGACCGUACACGUGGACACAUCGGCCGUUCAGAGACAUAGGACUACCAUAUUGGAAUGUUUAAAGGAUCCAGAUGUAUCGAUCCGUCGUCGAGCUAUGGAGUUGUCCUUCGCGCUCAUAAACAGUCAAAACAUACGCGCCAUGAUGAAGGAACUGCUACUGUUUCUCGAACGCUCCGACCCAGAGUUUAAGGCUCAUUGUUCCAGCGCAAUGGUGUUGGCAGCCGAGAGAUACGCGCCUUCCAGCAAGUGGCACCUGGACACGCUGUUCCAGGUGCUGUUGAAGGCCGGCAACUACCUGCGCGACGACACGGUGUCCAGCACGCUGCAGAUCGUGUCGGCGGCGCCGGGCGAGCGCCAGGCCUACGCCGCCAUGCGCCUGUGGGGCUCGCUCGAGCGCGCCGCCGUCUGCGCCGACGCCACCGAGAAGCAGCCGCUCGUGCAGGUAGCAGCGUGGACCAUCGGUGAAUACGGUGACAUGUUGGUAUCAGAGGCCAGUAAUGCAAUAUCUAUGGUCGACGACGAUGGCGUAGAUGACUUCACCCGUCCAUCCGAAGAGUAUGUUAUAGACAUAUACCAAAAGUUGCUCUGGUCUACGCAGCUCUCGAUUACCACCAAGGAAUAUUUGCUGCUGUCGCUGGCUAAGUUAUCAACAAGGCUGACGACGAAACCAAGUCAAGAUAAAAUCCGUGUUAUAAUCGACACAUUCGGUUCUCACAUUCACAUCGAGCUGCAGCAGAGAGGAGUCGAGCUGUCGCAACUUUACAAGCAGUACGCGCACCUGCGGCCCGCGCUGCUGGAGCGCAUGCCGCCCAUGGAGGCCGGCGCGCCCGAGCACGAGACCGAGACCGAGGCCGACAAGCCGCCGCCCGAACAGGAUGCAUUGCUGGAUUUGAUUAUCGGUUCAGAACCUUUAUCAAACGGUGACAUGGAACAUGCCCCAGCCGCUGCUACUAAUAAUAAUUCUUCAACUAAUGACAUUCUGGACCUGCUAAGCGGGCUGGACCUCAGCACGCCCAGUGUGCCCACUCCCACCACGGCGGUCAGCGUCACCAACAACAACAUGACGACACCGUCGCUGCUGCUCGACGGACUGUUCGCGCCCGCGCAGCCGGUCGUGCAACCACAAGAGACGGUGGUGCGCGCGCUGGAGCGCAACGGCGUGCUGGUGGAGCUGGCGGCGCAGCGCGGCGGCGACGCGGCCGCGCUCACCAUGCGCGCGCGCUCCAGCCACGCGCACACCAUCACCGACUUCCUGUUCCAGGCCGCCGUGCCCAGGACUUUCCGUCUGGACAUGAUGUCUCCGUCGGGGACAGUGCUCACGCCACAAGGGGAGAUCACGCAGCAACUCAAAAUUACAAAUCCCUCAAAGACACCCCUCAGACUACGGAUAAGAGUAUCGUACAACAUAGACGGCAACCCGAUACUGGAGCAGGCGGAAGUGAACAACUUCCCCCCGGACCUGUUCAACUGACGCGGGCACCCGCCCCACCACGGCCCCGACGAGCUGCGGACACUGUGCUUGUACAGACCUUUGGUGGACACGUUAUAUUAAUUGACCAUAAUAUUUUAUCCCACUGUUGGGUAACGCGUAUUAGAACGAUGCUUAUUAGAACCAUUUCCACAAAGUCAUGGUGACAUAUUGUCGCCCCGAAUCGAGUCGAAUCAGUAGGCGGACCUUUAAUUAUUAGCUUAUUAUAUUCUAUCUUGAUAUUAAAAUGUAAUUAAACGUCAAAUGGAAAAAGUAGGCGCUAUCACAUAUCUCAGUUACCAAGAGAAGAUAAUAAUCAAAAUCGUUUGCUUAGGUUGUGAGAGUAAAUUUGUGUCGUGCCUUGUUAUUCGAACUGUUCACAAAUUCGCAUACAUUAAAACUACUGGUGGUAGAGCUUUGUGCAAGCUCGUCUAGGUAGGUACCACCCACCCAUCAGAUGUCCUACCGCAAAACAGCAGUACUUGGUAUUGUUGUGUUCCGGUUUGAAGGGUGAGUGAGCCAGUGUAAUUACAAGCACAAGGGACAUAACAUCUUAGUUCUUAAGGUUGGGGGCGCAUUGGUGAUGUAAGCGAUGGAUAACAUUUCUUACAAUGCCAAUGUCUAUGGGCGUUGGUGACCACUUACCAUCAAGUGGCCCAUAUGGUCGUCCACCUUUCUAAUCUAUAAUAAAAAAAAAACUAUCGUUAACUACUUUUUUUGUAUGACUUUUUACAAGAAUUAAUAAGUUAUUAUUAUAAGGUCUUUGCACAAAUAAUGUUAUCCGUUUCUAGUGAAAACAGAUAAAGCUCAGAUCGAGAUGAAGUGUCAUCAUGACCUAGUGGAAAUCAGACCUGGUUAACUAUUCAAAAGGAUUCAUACAAUUUUUAAUAGUGGAUAAUAUCAUAUUGGGUAGUAAAUGCAACUAAUAAUGUUCGCUACUUGUAAAGAUUUUUUUUAAUAUAACAUCUGUUAUAAAGCUUAUUGACGAAUAGAUUCUAUACUUUGUAUUGUACAUGUAUAUUUAAUUGGUAUUUUUCAGACAUAGCUUAGAUUUAAGAACUAAAGUUUUAUUAUAGUAUAAAAAUCAUAUUUAUUUUAUAUAAAUAAACAAACAAAUACAAUUUUCAUAAACCAAUAAAUAGGUUCUAAUGACAUUCAGAUUUUUUUUUUAUUUAAUCAUCAGAAAUUCUGAUUUUGUUUCCUAGUUAAUAAUAAAUAAUAUUGCUAGAAUAAGUGAAGUUACCUAAUAGUGGGACAAAAUAUUACAACUAAAAUAUUCAUUUUCCAAUGGCAAUAAAACGUAAUUUUGUAUAUUAUUAUAUAAUAAAUAAAAAGGGGAUCCUAAGUUCCGACCAGGAGGUGGUGGAAAAUGUGUCAAUAUAAAUAAAAAACAGGCGCAAAAUGGUUGUAAAAAAUCUUGAAUUCUAAUGGCAGCUUUAGUUAUUUUUGCGGUACUAGUAAGCUGUCAAUACUAUCGACAUAAGUACUGAGUUUCUAAUAGUCUGUGAAAACGUAGAUUAGCUGUCACGUUAUAGAUUCGUUUAACAUUCCACUUUUAGAUAGAUUUUGAAAGAAUUCUUUAAGUCUAAAUAGAGUUGAGGGCCCAAUUGCUUGGAAGCUUAAAACCGUCUUGUAAUGAUUUUUUUUAUGAAAAUGAUUCCAAAAAUAAUAAUUUCCAAGCCUCGGUCUGAACUGUGAAUUUUUAAAUUGCAAAAUUGUUUUUUUUUUUUUGCGUAAUUCAACAUUGUAUUAAGACUACGAAUGUCACAUUAAGCUGCCAACCCACAGCCGCUCGCGCACACGUCUUGCACGUUUUUAAAUUUUGUUCGUUGUUUUUCGUGUGUAGUGUGUUCGUACAAAUUUUGCGUCACUGUGGAUUGGCGGCAUUACUGUUUCAGUAUUACAUUAAUCUCAGUCUAUUAUAAAAUGUUUAUUUUUUCAAUGAUUUGGGCAAUGAGUGAUCAUCUUUCCCGUCUCAUGCUGUACAUAAAACUCUGUUAAUGUAACAUAAAUAAUGUAUAGUGAGAUGUACAAGAGAAUGAUUCGCGUGGAUAUGUACUUAAUAAAUUAUUAAUAUAAACUAUCAUUAUUAUGUAAUGUGUGAUACAUUAGAUUAUUCUAAAUUCUAUGGAGUUGUAUAAAAAAACAUAGUCAUUGAUCUUUUGUAUAUGUAAUGGGGACGUCUGCCAGAGUCAAACGGGUGAUCGGUCCCGAUUGAAGGACUAUUUGAAAUAGAAUUGUCAUUCAUUCUUAUUUAUUAAGUGAUUAUUAAUGAUAUAGUUUGGUUAAGCCGUAUCGAACCAUAUUCUUGCAUUUUGGAGAAAAAAAAAGGUUAUCUUGAGAUUUAUUUUUCAUUGUGUUUUAAUUGUUAGAGCUUUAAUGUUCAUUGAUUUUUAUUAUAUAUAGAAUCGUUCCUUUUAAUCUAUCGAGAUUUUUUUUUCAGUGACAUGUAUAUAAAUGAUUGUGUCUUCUAGAUGAGAUAAUUGAUAAAUAGUUUUCAUUAUGUAUCGCUUUAUUUGGGACAUUUACGUUUAGAUUUAGUAUUUUAAUUAUUUACAUUUAUAUUAUUAAACAGCACAUUUUAUUUAAAAAUAUCGUUUAUUUUAAAUAAAAGUCUUAUAAAGUUUAUCUAAUAAUUAAUUGACUCUUCGCCACGUUUACAUUUGCUAGUAAUAUUAUUUGUACUUUAAAACUUUAACCAUUUUGAUAUCUUACAAAAAAUAAUCAAGUUAAAAAGAUAUAACAAAAUAUAUUUUUACGUUAUAUCAAUAUUAACAAUUUAAAGUAUAAAUAUUUAGAAUUCAAUCAAGACAAAAAAAGUUAAUUUUAGUAAUUUAGUCAAACAGGUGAGUGAAUUUUUAUUUUCUGUGUAGCGGCAGUCUUAUAGCCACAAUAUUUUAAACCCUAAAUAAAACAUGCAAAUGUAAACGUAGCCUCUAUCAUCAAACACGUCAUGAUUUUCAUAAAGUAAAGAGAGCUUGGCAAAUGAUAUCACAUAUUGGUGCUUGUUUUACCUUAGUAUCUGGUUUAAUAGAAGGCCCUCCACGUGUGAGAUGUUAUGAUUUUAUUUUAUGUAUAACUAAAGCUAUGAAAGAUGUACAUAAAGAUAAUGAUUUUAUGUAAAUUGGUUAAUAAAUAUUUGAGAAUGUUUAUAUAAUCUA